AUGAAUGAAGUGGAAUUACCUCACAUCGGAAAUCAAUGGUCCGGCCAAGGUGUCCAAAUUGAAGAUUCAGAAGAAGAAGAUACUGAAGAAAUUGAAGAAGAUGACAGUGAUGAUUCUGAUGAAGAUGAUAGUGGAGAUAUUGGUGAUGAAGAUGAUAAUGAGGAAUCAGAGAAUGAUGAGGGUCUUCAUGAUUCCGAUGAAGAUGAUAGUGGAGAUAUUGGUGAUGAAGAUGAUAAUGAGGAAUCAGAGAAUGAUGAGGAUAACAUAUCGUUGCCUACAUAUGGCAGUGAUCAAAGUAUUCAAGAUGACGUGCAAGAGUUAGUGCACGAACCAUUACAAAUGAAUGAAGUGGAAUUACCUCACAUCGGAAAUCAAUGGUCCGGCCAAGGUGUCCAAAUUGAAGAUUCAGAAGAAGAAGAUACUGAAGAAAUUGAAGAAGAUGACAGUGAUGAUUCUGAUGAAGAUGAUAGUGGAGAUAUUGGUGAUGAAGAUGAUAAUGAGGAAUCAGAGAAUGAUGAGGGUGAUUUUUAA